AGCAAUGGCGACAUAACAUCCCUGAAGUUCAAUGGAGUGGAGGCACAGGACUCAAGCAAAUUCAGUCAGAUUAGCUCAGGACUAGGCAGCGCGUCUUGCUCCUGGGUGCGCACCGGCAACGACGACAAUUACAUCUUGAUCACCUGUACCACAAGCACGUUAACGCAAUACUAUGUCGCAAGGUACAAAGAUCCAGCAGUUCAUAUGGCGACCUAUACCACCGCGGAGCCCAGCGUUGGGGAACUUCGUUUCAUUGCUCGCCUCAACAAGGAUGUUUUGUACAGCGGAUACACCGUCUCAGACGUCGAGGACGGCACUGCAAUCGAAGGCAGCGAUGUCUUCCUGGUCGAUGGACAGACUCGGUCGAAGUUCUAUUCAUCCAGACAAUUCAUCGACGAUAGCAUCCAUGGUGUCACCGGAAGUAGCAUUGGUGCCUACAUGAUCGUCACUACGACUGGAUACGAAUCGAGCUCCGGUGGACCAUUCUUCCGUGACAUCGAUAACCAAGGAUCGUCUCAGCAGGAACUGUACUUCUGUAAGACACAUGUCAUCUUCGUCGCUGACAUGACGUAUCACCAGAAUUCUGGUCACACCCAGACGGAGUCGUACCGUCAAGGUCUCCACGGUCCUUAUGCGCUCUGGUUCACGACGGGUUCGGCACCUUCGUCCUCUAUCGAUACCACCUUCUGGGAAGCUUUGGGCAUUUCCGGCUACGUCGCCAAGGCGGCACGCGGUUACGUGAUCGGCAAAGCCAUUGAUGUCCCCUCUGCUUUCGCGAGCCUUGUCAGCGUCGGCUGGAGCAACUCGGAGGCACAAUACUGGGCUCGUGCGGAUUCGAGCACCCAGGACUUCUCCUCGCCUCCGAUGAAGCCAGGAACUUUUACGAUGACCUUGUACAAAACCGAGCUGGCUGUGGGAUCACAGUCCGUAUCUGUGUCUGCUGGUAGCACGACAACUUCCAACAUCCACUCAACCGCCGAUCCGACGCCGUCCAGCCCCAUCUGGCAGAUUGGCGACUUCGAUGGUACCCCCAGAGGUUUCUUGAACGCAGAUAUGAUUGAGACAAUGCACCCAUCGGACUCCCGUAUGCAUGAUUGGUUGAGGACCUACACUGUCGGUCAACAGGAUAUCGGCUAUUUCCCCAUGGCCGUAUUCAAGGACGUUGGGCCCGUCACGGUUCGCUUCGCUCUCGCAUCUGGUCAAGGUGGGGCACGCACCUUGGUCAUCGGCACGACGCUGGCCUUCGCUGGCGGUCGUCCUUCGGUGACCAUCAAUGGCUGGAGUGGUCCCGCCCCGGCGGCGCCCUCCCAGCCCGACAGCCGAGGUGUCACAAGAGGUACCUGGAGAGGCAACAAUAUCCUCUACACCGUUAGCAUUCCUUCUGGCACGCUUUACACCGGAUCGACUGUGAACGUCCUGACGAUCUACGCCAUCUCGGGCUCAUCUGGCACCGACUAUUUGUCACCCAACUUCGUUGUAGAUGCUCUCGCUCUUUACUAG